AUGCCCAUUCACUAUUUAAUUCUGCUAUCCCGACAGGGGAAAGUGCUCACCCGAAUUUUCUCCCAGCGCCUCGCAAAGUGGUUCACUACCCUUUCUCCCAAGGAGAAGGCCAAGAUUAUCAAAGAUGUGACUCAGCUGGUUCUGUCUCGCCGCACACGCAUGUGCAAUUUCCUCGAGUACAAAGACUCCAAAGUCGUCUAUCGCCGUUAUGCCUCUCUCUUCUUCAUCGCAGGAUGCUCCUCCACCGAUAACGAAUUGAUUUCACUCGAGGUCGUGCACCGCUACGUCGAGCAGAUGGAUAAAUACUACGGAAAUGUUUGCGAGCUCGACAUCAUCUUCAAUUUCCAAAAGGCAUACUUCAUCUUGGAUGAAUUGCUAUUGGCAGGAGAGAUGCAGGAGAGCAGCAAGAAGAAUGUCCUUCGUUGCAUCAGUCAACAAGACAGCCUGGAAGAUAUGGAGGUCGAGGAAGAUGUGGUCACUAAGAUCAUGUAA